AUGGAGCGUUUGUUCCAGGUAAGUCCUACAGCGGUAAGUUUCCGGGGAGAAGGUAAUGAAUUGUUGUUGGAUCUGAGAUUUGAUGGUGACAGUGAUGGUGAUUAUGGCUCUGUUUGGUCUCUCUCACUCUCUCUCUCACUCUCUCUCUCACACACACAAGCUCACUCACUAGCAGGCGCACACACACACGCAAGCUCACAGACACAGCUUAAUGUAGUGGUUCUGGUGUCUAUAGACUAUCCCUGCAGGCUUUUCAAUGUAAACACUGACUUUUCCAAGAAAUGACAGUGUUUACAUUGCUUUCUAGUGACAGUCACUCAGUCACUAGCGGUGCUUCCUGUGUCCUGCACCUACAUCCAGGGCCUUUGCAACCAAUCCUAUGGCAGAGCAUUGGAUUGGCUGAGAUCAUCAAGCUUGAUCUCAGCCAUAGAGGCAGGGCCAGUCGAGGGGAGACCAGCACGGCGUGGGGAAAAAAAAAGGUGAGUAAAAAAAUUUUUUUUGAGCAUGCGCAGUGCUGUUUUCGUCCCAAUGGACAAAAACUAAUUAUUUUUAAACAAAUUUUGUUCGAAAACAAAUGGUUUGUGGAUGAAAUUUGGAAUUGACAAAUUAAAUUUUUAUUUACUACGAAAUGAUUCGGAUGAAACUCAAAUUUCACUGGUACAUAUCUAGUUCAGAAGGGAUGAUAGGAGGCAAGGAUCAGCUUGACAGGCACAGACACCUCCACACACACAUACACAUACAUACACCAUGACAGGCACAGACACCGCCACACACACAUACACAUACAUACACCAUGACAGGCACAGACACCGCCACACACACAUACACAUACAUACACCAUCACAGGCACAGACACCGCCACACACACAUACACAUACAUACACCAUCACAGGCACAGACACCGCCACACACACAUACACAUACAUACACCAUCACAGGCACAGACACCGCCACACACACAUACACAUACAUACACCAUGACAGGCACAGACACCUCCACACACAUACACAUACAUACACCAUGACAGGCACAGACACCGCCACACACACACAUACACAUACAUACACCAUGACAGGCACAGACACCUCCACACACACAUACACAUACAUACACCAUGACAGGCACAGACACCUCCACACACACAUACACAUACAUACACCAUGACAGGCACAGACACCGCCACACACACAUACACAUACAUACACCAUGACAGGCACAGACACCUCCACACACACAUACACAUACAUACACCAUGACAGGCACAGACACCGCCACACACACAUACACAUACAUACACCAUGACAGGCACAGACACCUCCACACACACAUACAUACACCAUGACAGGCACAGACACCGCCACACACACAUACACAUACAUACACCAUGACAGGCACAGACACCGCCACACACACAUACAUACACCAUGACAGGCACAGACACCUCCACUCACACAUACACAUACAUACACCAUGACAGGCACAGACACCGCCACACACACAUACACAUACAUACACCAUGACAGGCACAGACACCUCCACACACACACACCAAGUGGCUACUAAAAAAGCCUGGACAUACCCCAUUUUAAAUACCGUGGGUUGUCUACUUUUACAAAUGGUGUGCCAUGAUGGGGUUAAUUUCCAUCCGUGGGCUGCUAUAAUGUUUUAAAGGCAAUCUAUAUCGUCUCAAAGGCCAUUGGGAGCACUAUAUAGUUCGUAUUCCUAAUGCGAUAGUGUUUCUUUAAAGACUGUAAUUAAAUAAUAUUGUGGAUUCAUACUAAUGGGAAAUCAUUUCUAUUUUCAGAUUCAAAUACUUUUUCUUUUGCUGUUUAUUCCUGGCUUUAAAUCUGAAGGUAAGACACCCCCUUUAACUGCGUCUCCCCAAGGAGGUCUAAGGGGCUUAUUCACAAAUUUUAUUGAAUUUAAAGCAGAAAGAUAAAUCAUGGGGUAUGUUCUGUGUUUAGUGAAUAAACCCCAGUGUGAGCCUUCUGGGAAAUCCAAAGAAAUCACCAGAAAUCUUUGUAAAAGCUCCACUUAUUCAAAAUGAAUUGCCGAGCAAGCUUCCAUUUUCACUUCAUAUCCAGUGAAUGUAUCGAUUCUAAUAUCAGUCAUUGAGAGCAGCUGACCGUACAAACUGGUUCUCCUGGAUGCGCGCUUGGUGGCUGCCGCUGAUCCCUCGGGGUCGGUGGUUCACAGUAGAGAAUGCCCGAUAUUUGCGGGUUCUAGCAAUGUAAGGAAUAAUUGGAUCCUCAUUUAUCAAAGUUUCCUGAAAAGUGGCGAUUCAAUUCUUACAUUAUUUUGGUCGCAUUUAUUAAAUUGAUUUAGAAAUUAAAAUUUCACCAGUUUUCACAUAACUUUCUGUUUGAAAAACUGCCAAUUCCACUUUUCUGAUGGGAAAAAAAAAGAGGUGGAAAUGUUCAUAAAGCCGUUGCAUCUAAUAAAUUGAUCCAGACGUUUGCAGAAAAUCUCUCCUAAUGUUUCGUUAUCGUAGAGUUUUGCUUUUUACUGAUUCUGAUCUGACAAAUAACAUUUUGGUGAUCACAGAUAGGUGAGUUAUUAUCAGUUUUAAUCUGUGAGGUUGUUAUUUUCCCCGGUAGAUAUUGCAGUGGGAGUGAACACACACCUGUAUGGAUCGGUGACUCUGCCGUGUACAUUCAACUUUGUCUCUGGUCUAGAGGACCUGUUCGUCUCUUGUACCCAUAGUAGCUCCUCAAAUAGGAAAAAUGACAAACUGGUUCACUGCUAUAAAAAUGGGCAAGACAAUUUAAAAGAUCAAGAUAUUCAGUUCAGAGGACGCACUGAGAUGUCUCCUGACUUGGCCAGGGGCACCCUGAAACUGACCCUGAAUGACGUGGGCUUUGCUGAUGAAGGAUUCUACACCUGUGCAGCAGCUAAUAAAAAGGGGCGUGGAGAGAUGGUAUUCAGAAUAUCUAUUGACAGUAAGUUGGACUCUCUCAUUUGUAUAGAUGUGCCGGCACGGUUAUUGUUCUUAGCAGGAGGAGAGAUGCAAGUUGAACACCCAGAAAUACAUUUUAUGUCAAAACUUCAGAAAAUAGAAUCACACAAUAAAAAGGGAAGAGUAAAUAUUAAAACAGAACCUUCAAAAACGUAUGAUUAUUACAUCGGGGAUUCUAAAAAGGUUCCAAUGUAAUCAAUAACACACUAAUCGAAUGGCAAUAAACCUAUCCUGCCAUAAACACGUCUUUGGUGUAAUGCUACUGGCAGUAUUAGCUUACUCAAUAAACACCACAUGUCUGUCAGGAUGGACAAAAUUAGGAGAAAAUGACCGAAUGGGUUCGGUGCCGAUUGGGCUUUAGUGAAUAACUCUGACAGUGUAUCAGAACCUAAAAAGGAAAUUAUAUGGUAUUAAAUGACAGCAGGGAUAGGCAAUGAGAGGAGAGAUAUGGCUUCUAAUAAUCUGUAGAAACCAUCAUUUCGCUGGUCAGGCAGCUCUUCAAGGGGGGCUGACCAGUGACCCGAUCAUUGGGGGUACGAUUCUGCGGCUGUUUCUGUCACUUUGCCCACACGGCUUGUCUCGUAGCACAUGGAGUGAUUGCAGUACUGUGGGACCUGGAUGGACUGGCCGUUUCUUCCUUUUUGUAGCCAGGAAUGUUUUUACCCAGAUUAUUGUAGCAUGAUUGGGAUGUGUAGUCUGGUACAGGCGCCCUUGGCGGCACGACGUGUGACAGAUUAUUAGGGGCUAUCGCCUCUCAUUGCCUCUCCCUGCUGUUACUUUCUACCAUUAUCCUGAGCCUUCUAUGUCCGGUUCUGAUAUAAACGGACACUAAUUUCACACAGUGUUAUUGACAUACUGAGUAUUUGUUUUAUGUAGAAACUGCAAACCUUGAUUUCUCUGCCAUUAAGGAUUACGCUAAACAACGUGUUUAUGAAAGGAUCGUUUUACGUCCAUUUAAUUAGGGUGUUAUUACACAUUGGUGCCUUUUAUAUUAUUCACGGAUUUAAUAAUCAUAUAAAAUUCAAUAAAGAUUGUUAUAAUAUUUACUCUUCUAGGCCGCCAUUUUCUUUUUUCUUGUGUUUCUCUAUUUAUUAUAUAAUGCUAUUUAUGGUGGUCUCCUUUCUACCUACCUUACGAUUUAUUAAAUAUAAACCUCAGUAAAUGUUCACUUGGGUAUUUUUUCUAUGAAUCCAUGAUGGGAUUGCUGACUUGCUCUGGAUUCGUAGGUGAAGGGCUUUCUUCUUUGGAGCUGCCUACAUAUUUAUUGCAAUUACUGAUCUGCAGGAGGAUUAACUAAUGAAAGGAAAAUGUGUGACUAAGUAGAACUGAGUAGGAGUGCUCUCUCAUUGAGUGUUACUUUCUGUCCUGUUGGAUUGUGGGUAUCCAUGUCUGCUCUGUAUUACAGCACAUCCAUCACCUCCUUAUCUUUACACGUUGUUUACCGUUUCUAUUAAGGAUUACAUGCCGAUGAUCCACUUGUUGUAUCACGAGUUUCCAAUGGCAAAACACAGCUGCAAUGUUCCUCCAGUGGAUUGUUUAAAGAACCCCGUGUUGAGUGGCAGGAUGGAAAUGGGGAAGAUUUAACCAAAAAUGCAAAGCUUCCUACAGUGACCAAACUUUCUGACGGGAACCUUUUGGUGGAGUCAGUGUUGGACAUCGAUGUGCAGACAAAUGUUCACUAUUUCUGCCGUGUCAUGGAAGGGAGGCUGAAUCGAUCUACCCGAGCUGUGUUGUCAGGUAAAGUGUGUUUAUGGACCAGCAGUCUCAGAUCUCCAGUUCUCAGUCCAGAUAUUAAGGAGAGGGAAUAAGGAACCAAGUAAAAGCAAUGUAUAAUAUGCAUUGUAAAAUGUAUCAGAACGUAGCUGUGGUAUCAGUACUCACAUAUGGCUUGCAGGGUUAAUGCCAGCAUACAGACAGAGGUCUGGGCUUUCUCUGCAAAUUAAAGUAUGGCAUGGUAUAAUGCCAAUAUACUGAUACAGGCUUGAGCUGUCUGCCCUGGGUACAGCGGGAGUCUUGGUGAAGUAUUCAGAGGAAGAAUGUCACACAUGCAGAUACAAACACUGACAAACAUGGAGAUAUACAAACAAACAGUUGCAAACAAUAACACACAUCUAAAUACAAUGAUACACAUACUGACACACAUGCAGAUACAGACAACACACUGACACACAAGCAGAUACACACACAUAGAAGCAAACACACACAGACACACAGAAGAAAACGCUGACACACAUCUAGAUACACAAAUACAGACUGACACUCAUGCAGAGACACAAACACAGAUACACACUGGCAAACAUGCAGACACACAGAUACAAACAAUGACACAAAUACAGUUACACAGACACACUGAUACGUUCACACUGACACAAAUGCUGAUACACAGGUACAAACACUCACAAACAUACAGAUACACAUGUUAAUAUACAGAUACAAAGACUGACAAACAUAGAUACUGGCACACAGAUACAAACACUGUUUCUCUGUGUCAGUGUUUGUACCUGUGUGUCUGUAUCUUUAUAUUUGUCUGUGUAUGCAUCUGUGUAUCAACAUGUGUGUCAGUGUAUGCAUCUGUGUAUCAACAUGUGUGUCAGUGUAUGCAUCUGUGUAUCUGCACUGUAUAUACCAAUAUGUCUGGGGCAGAAGAGAAUAAGGGGUGACAGAGGUGCCUGGGCCAGAGGAGGAGCAUCAGAGCCCAGGGCAGAAGAGAACUAUGUCCAGCGUAGGGCAGGAGAGAAGCAGGAAGAGCCGGGGAAGGGGAGAAGCAGGGAGAGCCUGGGGCAGAGGAGAAGGGGCAGGAAAAACUUAUACAUUUGAAAUAACAGCAACUAUAUUAAUUACAAACAUUUUGCCAAUAUGAGGGGUACACGAGUAAAAAAAGAAAAAUGUUGGGAACCACUGUUUUAUUGUAAAAGAUAUUGGGGGGUUUGGUGAGCUGCUGUGUUCCCUGAGUAUUCUACAGACCGCAGUUACAUUGUAAUGUCCGUAUCCCUUUAGUGUAAAAGAUAUUGGGGGGGGCGGGGGUUGGUUAAUAGCCCCCUCCAGUGUGAGCUGCUGGGUUCCCUGAGUAUUCUACAGACAGCAGUUACAUUGUAAUGUCCGUAUCCCUUUAGUGUAAAAGAUAUUGGGGGGUUUGGUUAAUUGCCCCCUCCUGUGUGAGCUGCUGUGUUCCCUGAGUAUUCUACAGACAGCAGUUACAUUGUAAUGUCCGUAUCCCUUUAGUGUAAAAGAUAUUGGGGGGGUUUGGUUAAUUGCCCCCUCCAGUGUGAGCUGCUGUGUUCCCGGAGUAUUCUACAGACAGCAGUUACAUUGUAAUGUCCGUAUCCCUUUAGUGUAAAAGAUAUUGGUUUUUUUUUUGGUUAAUUGCCCCCUCCAUUGUGAGCUGCUGUUCGCUGAGUAUUCUACAGACAGAAGUUACAUUGUACUGUCCGUAUCCCUUUAGUGCAAAAGAUAUUGGCGGAGGGGAAUUGGUUAAUUGCCUCCUCCAGUGUGAGCUGCUGUGUUCCCUGAGUAUUCUACAGACAGCAGUUACAUUGUAAUGUCCGUAUCCCUUUAGUGUAAAAGAUAUUGGUUUUUUUUUUGGUUAAUUGCCCCCUCCAUUGUGAGCUGCUGUUCGCUGAGUAUUCUACAGACAGAAGUUACAUUGUACUGUCCGUAUCCCUUUAGUGCAAAAGAUAUUGGCGGAGGGGAAUUGGUUAAUUGCCUCCUCCAGUGUGAGCUGCUGUGUUCCCUGAGUAUUCUACAGACAGCAGUUACAUUGUAAUGUCCGUAUCCCUUUAGUGUAAAAGAUAUUGGUUUUUUUUUUGGUUAAUUGCCCCCUCCAUUGUGAGCUGCUGUUCGCUGAGUAUUCUACAGACAGAAGUUACAUUGUACUGUCCGUAUCCCUUUAGUGCAAAAGAUAUUGGCGGAGGGGAAUUGGUUAAUUGCCUCCUCCAGUGUGAGCUGCUGUGUUCCCUGAGUAUUCUACAGACAGCAGUUACAUUGUAAUGUCCGUAUCCCUUUAGUGUAAAAGAUAUUGGGGGGUUUGGUUAAUUGCCCCCUCCAGUGUGAGCUGCUUUGUUCCCUGAGUAUUCUACAGACAGCUGUUACAUUGUAAUGUCCGUAUCCCUUUAGUGUAAAAGAUAUUGGGGGGGGUUUGGUUAAUUGCCCCCUCCAGUGUGAGCUGCUGUGUUCCCGGAGUAUUCUACAGACAGCAGUUACAUUGUAAUGUCCGUAUCCCUUUAGUGUAAAAGAUAUUGGGGGUUUGGUUAAUUGCCCCCUCCAGUGUGAGCUGCUGUGUUCCCUGAGUAUUCUACAGACAGCAGUUACAUUGUAAUGUCCGUAUCCCUUUAGUGUAAAAGAUAUUGGGGGGUUUGGUUAAUUGCCCUCUCCAGUGUGAGCUGCUGUGUUCCCCGAGUAUUCUACCUAUUGACAGUAAAAAGAGAUUGUUUUGAUUUUUGGUUAGUAGAUGUGUACCAAAACAAUCUUUCCAAGAGAACUACUAAUAGCAAACUCAUCAAAAAUAAUAGUAGCUCAAUAAAACCUAUACCUUAUCCUCUGUCAAAUACCAAUCCCCAAAACCAUGUGAUGAGCUAGAUACCAUGUAGGUGCCUCUUUUUACUCCCUCAGACCAACGCUACUUACAAAUCAUACAAUCUGUAUGUCAUGGGGAGAAAUGAGAAUCGGGAGUUUAUCCACCUGUCUCUUGAAUAGCACAGAAAGACCCUCUACUUGGAAUAUCAGUACAGGAGUGCAGAAUUGUAAGUAAAUGAGUAUUUUGACCACAUCAUCCUCUUUAUGCAUGUUGUCUUACUCAAGCUGUAUAGGCUCGAAAGCCUACUACCAAUUAAGCAUAUUAGGUGAUGUGCAUCUCUGUAAUGAGAAGGGGUGUGGUCUAAUGACAUCAACACCCUAUAUCAGGUGUGCAUAAUUAUUAGGCAACUUCCUUUCCUUUGGCAAAAUGGGUCAAAAAGAAGGACUUGACAGGCUCAGAAAAGUCAAAAACAGUGAGAUAUCUUGCAGAGGGAUGCAGCACUCUUAAAAUUGCAAAGCUUCUGAAGCGGGAUCAUCGAACAAUCAAGCGUUUCAUUCAAAAUAGUCAACAGGGUCGCAAGAAGCGUGUGGAAAAACCAAGGCGCAAAAUAACUGCCCAUGAACUGAGAAAAGUCACGCGUGCAGCUGCCACGAUGCCACUUGCCACCAGUUUGGCCAUAUUUCAGAGCUGCAACAUCACUGGAGUGCCCAAAAGCACAAGGUGUGCAAUACUCAGAGACAUGGCCAAGGUAAGAAAGGCUGAAAGACGACCACCUCUGAACAAGACACACAAGCUGAAACGUCAAGACUGGGCCAAGAAAUAUCUCAAGACUGAUUUUUCUAAGGUUUUAUGGACUGAUGAAAUGAGAGUGAGUCUUGAUGGGCCAGAUGGAUGGGCCCGUGGCUGGACUGGUAAAGGGCAGAGAGCUCCAGUCCGACUCAGACGCCAGCAAGGUGGAGGUGGAGUACUGGUUUGGGCUGGUAUCAUCAAAGAUGAGCUUAUGGGGCCUUUCGCUGAGGAUGGAGUCAAGCUCAACUCCCAGUCCUACUGCCAGUUCCUGAAGACACCUUCUUCAAGCAGGGUACAGGAAGAAGUCUGCAUCCUUCAAGAAAAUACAUUUCCCAUGCAGGACAAUGCUCCAUCAUUACGCGCCCUAUACCUUGCCAGCCGCGCGGGCUGGCAAGAAAGGGUAUAAAAGAAGAAAAUCUAAUGACAUGGCCUCCUUGUUCACCUGAUCUGAACCCCAUUGAGAACCUGUGGUCCAUCAUCAAAUGUGAGAUUUACAAGGAGGGAAAACAGUACACCCUCUCUGAACAGUGUCUGGGAGGCUGUGGUUGCUGCUGCACGCAAUGUUGAUGGUGAACAGAUCAAAACACUGACAGAAUUCAUGGAUGGCAGGCUUUUGAGUGUCCUUGCAAAGAAAGGUGGCUAUAUUGGUCACUGAUUUGUUUUUGUUUUUGAAUGUCAGAAAUGUAUAUUUUGUGAAUGUUGAGAUGUUAUAUUGGUUUCACUGGUAAUAAUAAAUAAUUGAAAUGGGUAUAUAUUUGUGUUUUGUUAAGUUGCCUAAUAAUUAUGCACAGUAAUAGUCACCUGCACACACAGAUAUCUCCCUAACAUAGCUAUAACUAAAAACAAACUAAAAACUACUUCCAAAAAUAUUCAGCUUUGAUAUUAAUGAGUUUUUUGGGUUCAUUGAGAACAUGGUUGCUGUUCAAUAAUAAAAUUAAUCCUCAAAAAUACAACUUGCCUAAUAAUUCUGCACUCCCUGUAUAUUACCGGAGUCCCUGAUACAAUGUAGUUGUUUAUGGAAAUAUAAGCAACUAAAGUAUCUGUAGACUAUACCAGAUAGAGUAAACAUAUAAAAGGGAUCCAGGUAAGCAAUCGGCAAGGUUAUGGGUGCUACAUUUAGGAUCUCUCCUUAGAUCUCACUAACGGUAACAAAUACAUCCUCAUGCUGGUGAUACAGAUCUUAACGGCGACAAAGAUUUGCAUUGCUAGACCCGGGAAAACAUCUAUAACUCCAUGCUGGACGGAGAUACAAAUGCAGGUGAAUUAUCAACAUAUGAUGGAGAAAGCGGUAUAUAAUAACCACGCCAAUCUUGAGAUUUAUCAUAAUAUUUGGAAUCCCUGGGUGAAUACAGAUUUGACAUUGGUGACCUGGAUGGACAAUCACCCCCUGACCCCCACUGACAGUGCCCUAAGGGGUGAAUGGUGGAUUUGGUUUGUUGUGAGAUGAGGAAGAUUGUAACUCUACGUCACUAGUUUUAAUAUAGAAACACAAGGUUUCUGGGGGAGUAAAGCCUCUUUGUAAAGGGCACCUACCUACAUGGUAUCUAGCUCAUCACAUGGUUUAGGGAUUGUUGACGGGAUAAGGUAUAGAUUUUAUUGAGCUACUAUUUUUGAUGAAUUCACUAUAGGGCAGGUCUGGUACACAUCUACUACUGGAUAUUCUUUGGGGUUUCCAGUACUCUCCCACUCAGAGUGAGACUGCGAUUUUCUAUUCUCAAUAUGUCAUUCACAUGGGUUAAGCACUUGGACUCUCCUUGGGCGUCCCACUGGUGUGUUAGUUCCAUAGUUUCUACGGAUCCAGCAAUUGAUCUUUUAAUAAAUAAAUAAUAUACUGUCUUGUCUGUUUGUGUUUCAGAUGGAAAAGAGACCGUUAAAAUCACAGAUGAUUUGUAA